AAUCUAGAAUUUGGCAGCGAUUUAGCCGAUAAAAACUAAGUCUGUUUAUAAAACAAAGUUACUCUAUAGAAACCAUAACCAUGUCAAACAGCAGUCGUCACGACAUUUGGGUGCCCAGUCCGGCAAUGAUGCUACACCAGUUGCAAUCCUUGGAGGAGGAUAUUGAUGAGUCCGUAAUGGAUUUCCAUGAGAGCUGCAACCGUGCAUGGCGCUCUCAGUUCAGUCACCCAGCGAUGGCUAGAUUGGGAGUCGGGUUUGAGUUCGUCACAAUUCCCAGUCGCUACAUAAGCUCCUCGAUGAGCACCCAGGAAGACGAUACGGAGAACCGAUUCAUGGGUAAUUCUUCUUCCAGGACCAGUCGACUGUGGUCCACUACUCGAAUUCCCGACCUGGAAAUUCAACCCUAUACUUUUGGGUCAGAUGACGAGAACCUGAUGCAGCAUCUGGCUUAAACUAAUGACUACUUUCUACUAAAUUCUAAGUGAUAUGAAAAAUCUGAUUUGGUUUCCCCCCUCUACCAGGAUACUCCCGUGUAAAUAGUCGCUGUCGCAUCUGAGAUCUGAUGAAUCCGGACUGGAAACGCGAUCCCCUAGCAGAGGGUCUUUUAUAGCAGCUCAUUUGUUACUCUGUGCUUUGAAUUAAAUUGCAUUUCAUCUUU